AGAGCCCUGCUGCACAGGAGGCCCGGCCGCUCCACCCCACCAGCUGGCCCUCCAUGGAAGCCUUGGUCUAUGCAGUGAGCUGGGCCCCAGGACGCACCAGUCACCCCGACACACCACCCAAUAUCUACGAGGGGGGGCUGGGGGCCCAGCAGCAGCAGUGCCCCAGUGCCCAGGGAAGCAAGCCCAAGAACUUCCGGCUGCGCCACCUCCGGGGCCUGGCUCUCUACCUGCCGGGCCACCUGCGGCCUGCUGGCCAGUGUGAGAGCCACUGGCUGGGUCGGCUGCUGGCCGGGGGCUGCCUGCCACAGCCCGAGGGCCUGGUCUGGCCCCUAGAUUUAGCACAGGGGACUGUGGGCCGAGGUAACAGCCACCACUCAGCCCUUCUGGAAGCUCAACUGCCCAGGGACAGCCGGGGAAAUACAGCUUCCAGUUCCAGCAUGGACCCAGCCAAGGGUGCCCCCUCCCAGUCUGGUCCCCCUGAAGGCUUAGGGCUCAGGCCUAAGAGAUCCUGGGGGGCCCCAGAGGAGACCACAUGUCCCUUGUGCAAGAGAACCCGCUCUGGGGGCCUGGAGAGGCCGUAG